AUGCACACACGGAGACACAGUGAUGUCAGGAGUCAUGAGUGUCAGGAGUGUGGCAAGAAAUUCAAGACUAAAGGUGGACUCAACAUACACACCGUGACACACAGCUUUGUGAGGAACCAUGAGUGUAAAGAGUGUGGUAAAAAAUUUAAAACUAAGGCUGAAGUGACCAUGCACAACAGGAGACACAGUCAUGUCAGGAAUCAUGAGUGUCAGGAGUGUGGCAAGAAAUUUAUAACUAAAGGUGACCUCACCUUACACACCCUGAGACACAGCGGUGUGAGGAACCAUGAAUGUGAGGAGUGUGGUAAGAGAUUCCCUACCAGUAAAGCUCUCAACAGCCACACCUUCAGACACUCUGACUUGAGGAAGUUCAAGUGUGAUGUUUGUGGCAAGUGUUUCAAGACAAAAGGUGACAUUGCCAGCCACAUGAAGAUCCACUUUUGA